CUUUUGGCGACAACAUUCUACCAAAGCGAGGGAAAGAAGAGAGUGUGAGCCGCUGUUCUUCGCCGGCACAACCACUACAGAACUUGUGACGAUGCUAAUCAAAUUGAAGGACAUGACAGUUUGGGAUAAAGAAUGGGGCGUGUGCGUACCAAGACUGUUAAAAAAUCCUCUAGGAUAGUGAUUGAGAGGUAUUAUGGGAAGAUGACUCUGGACUUCCACACAAACGAAAAGAUUUUGGAGGAAGUUGCCAUCAUUCCAUCCAAGCGUCUUAGGAACAAGAUUGCUGGUUUCUCUACUCACCUUAUGAAGCGUAUCCAGAAGGGUCCAGUGAGGGGCAUCUCGUUGAAGCUUCAAGAGGAGGAAAGGGAGCGUCGCAUGGACUUUGUGCCCGAUGAGUCUGCCAUUAAGACUGAUCUGAUUGAGGUUGAUAAGGAGACAAUUGAAAUGCUUACUGCCCUUGGCAUGGCUGAUCUCCCUGGGGUUGUCACGAAAUCUGUUGAACCACAGGCUUUGCCAUCAGUACCUGCUUUUGGUAGGGGUGGUGAUGGUGGUGGUUUUGCAAGGAGAUAUUAAAAGGGGUAAUCUCUAUCUUAUUCCAUAAUUUUCUUGUUUUUAUUCAUGCCUUGUUCUUUUUGGUCCAUAAGACUUGGUUGAACAGUAAAUAGAUUAAGUGAUGUUUUAGGUUGGAAUUUUGAUAGACGGAAUCUCCUUGCGGAUUUUUCAUUGUUUGCAGCAUCGGCCGAGU